AUGACUGUUAACUACCAUAAUCUAUCCCGAGAACCCAGCCCAUUCCGCUUCUACCGGCUGCUGGUCUUCACGUGGAAGUCGAGCAUUUGGAAAGCCGUGUUGCCACUGCUCUUCGUCUGGUUGAUCAUCUACCACGUCAUUUCGUUCGUUUAUCGAUUUGCGCUGGACGAAGGGCAGCAAAGAACAUUCGAGCACGUGGUGUACUUUUUCCGGGGGAAGCUCGUCUACGUGCCACUCGAGUUCUUGCUCGGAUAUUUCGUCACGAUCAUCUACAAUCGAUGGAAGGAUCUGUAUCUGAAUAUAGGCUUCAUCGACAAUGUUGGCCUGAUGACGGCGGAAUAUGUGCGAGGCCACGGCGAGAUGGGGCGGAGGAUUAGGCGGAAUAUUAUGAGGUACUGCGAAGUUGCGCAAAUUCUCCUCUUCCGGGACAUUUCCCUGCGCGUACGCAGGCGAUUUCCGACGUUGGAGUCGAUAGUAGCGGCGGGCUUUCUUUUGCCCGAGGAGCUGGAGCAGCUCGAGAAAUAUGACGACAAGAAUGAGAAUCCCAGGCAAUGGGUGCCGUUAAGGUGGGCCCAAGAGCUGUGUGUGGAGGCGAGACAUCGCGGGUUGAUUGAGAGCGACUAUUAUCAGCAGGUUGUCGUGAAUGAAAUUCGGACGUGGAAAACCAACCUUGAAUGGUUGCGCAACUAUGAUUGGACGCCAUUUCCCAUGAUAUAUCCAACGGUAGUCUCUUUGAUGGUACACGUCCAUUUCGCCGUGGCCCUCAUCGCACGCCAGCUGACAUUUCGUGACUCAAAGGGCACUGAGCUGCUCGACGUUUACUUUCCCUACAUGGAAUCGCUCGAAUUUUUCUUCUAUAUGGGCUGGUUAAAGGUGUCUGAGGUGAUGCUCAAUCCGUUUGGGGAGGAUGACGAUGAUUGGGAGGGGAAUGCGCUUAUAGACAGGAAUAUUACCAUGGGCUUGAUGAUUGUCGAUCAGGGCUUCAACAACCCGCCAUCGUUGAAACGAGACGUCUUUUGGGAUGAACACACACCACAUCUAUUAUAUACUGAAGAUUCGGCGCGUAUGCCGCAGACCAGAUACGCCGGAUCCGUUUCGCACAUAAACUUGGUCGAUCUCUCCAAAAAAGUCCCAAUGAUUCCGCGCGCAUUUUCCGUCGAUGGUUUCGUAACGGACUUGCCGAAAUUCGCGGCUCCCCGCCGACGCCGGAAUACCGAUGAACCGUUUGCCAGGGACGACGCGCAGGCCAGCACGCGCACCCAACGCUCAAAUGAUCCAUAUGAAGUGUUUUAUUAU